AUGAAUUACUCGACUCAAUGGAAUACCUCCCGCCCGCUCCUGGCGUCGCACGUCAGUACGAAGUUAUUGAAGUACGGCACGGGAUAUUGGACAAGGCUGGGGCCGACCCAGGGCUCGAGAGCAUAUCGCAAGAGCGAAACAUUCCCCCACCUCGAUUGCUACGGGAGCGACAAGUUGCCAUUUUCUCGUACCUCAUUCGUAGAUAUCCUGGAGAGGUUUCGACUGCCCGCUGCCACCCCCAUGAUGCUGAAAUCAAACUCGACGCACUUCCAGAUGUACACUAUGGGAAGUACGGACCAAGAAACACAAGACCUGGGUCUCACCAUGCGUCUAUCUUCGCGGGGCAUCUUGGAGCUCGAUAUUUCAGUAUCCAUAUCAUACCAACCCAGUACAGGGGCAGUAAACGCUUUUCUCCACGGGUGCACCAGCGAGCAGCAAACUGAGGUGGGAGAACAACUGCGAUAUCUCUCCAUCUUGACCGGGAACCCCCUCCUCCUUCCUAUCAUCCUCGCCGAGAUGAAGAUGGAUGCCAUCAAGGAGCUGGAGCAGAAACUGUGGGGUGAUCUUCUGAGCGUAGAAACACGGAGUGGCCAGACGGGUGCUCCUGCCCUCAAUGCUUGGGAUAAUCAACAAAACGACGGCAGUACCGACUGGGAGAAGCUAGCCGUUGAUGCGCUGAGCGUGAUGCAGAUUGCUCCAUUAGCGGAAGACCAUGCCCAGGCGCUGCUGGUCACCAUCGAGGAGAUAAAAAAGAUGUUGGAUAGAUUGGAUAACGCAACACAGCUUGGAAGAGGCGACUACAUCCGGCAAUCUGGACAUAUGCUCUCAGAGAAGCUGCGGUUUCUAUCUCACGGUACGCAAGUAACCAUGAGCAGGAUCCAGUACAUCGUCAAGCGUGCAGAGGCACAGCAAUCAGCAGUUCGUUCAAGAUCGAAGGAGACACCGGAUCAUCUGUUGGCUGACGAGAACAAGGUUUACAACUACACAGCACAACAAGACGCCCGGCUCCAGAGUUUUAUGGCAAAGCAGUCAAGCCAGGUCGCCCAGGCGGCGAAGCGAGAUAGUUCAGCGAUGAAAGGAAUAGCCGUGCUAACCAUGGUGUUCCUGCCCGGGACUUUCAUGGCAACCUUCUUCGCCAUGCCCAUCUUGGAAUUCACUGCCGACUCCCGUUUACCGAAUGUGAAACACGCAUUCUGGUUGUACUGGGCCAUCACCUUGCCCGUGACCACGGCUGUCCUGGCUAUCUAUCUAUCGUUUCAGAUGAUUAAGGACAAAAGAAAUCAGCGGGCUGAGCUUGGAGUGAUGGCUGUGUGA